AUGGUGUCGCUCAAGAUUUUCGGCAUUGCUUUGGCUUUCGCUGCUGAAGCAUCUACUCAGCCAACCUACGCCGAUGUUCCCGACAUCAUCCCAUCGAACGCUGCCAGGAACGUUCCGCGUGCUGCACCCUUCAUUCCUGGAGGCAAGAAAGCUGGGUCUGCAGGCGGCAAUGCUGUACCCUUUUGGAAAGAACAUCUUGGCUGGUGGUAUGAUUGGACCCCUAGUCCUCACUCAGUCCCCGGAGUUGUCGGCGUCUCGAUGCUCUGGGGAAAUGGUCAGAACGGGCCUCAUGAUUCCAAGCGCUUUUCAGACUUUGGGAAGUUGACGGAGACUCCUCAAUAUCUCCUAGGCUUCAACGAGCCGGACUGCAAGGGCCAAGAUACUUCUGCCAACAUGAAGGUCACCAACGCUGUCGAAGUAUGGAACAAUCGAAUUGCUCCUUACGGCAGCAAGGGAUCGCUCAUCGGCAGUCCUGCGAUGUGCAUGCAAAAGGAUGAGAAGUGGUUGAAGAAUUUCAACGCCGCUUCUCUACUGCACUCGUGGGACUUUACUGCAAUCCAUAUUUACAAGCCUGACAUGGCAGGUGUGCAAGCCGACAUUGACUAUUAUUGGAAGACCUAUGGAAAGCCGAUCUGGAUCACUGAGUUCGGUUGCGUUUACGACCAGCAAGGCUUUACUCCUUGUUCCCAGCAGACUCAAAUCAACCAAUGGAUCCGGGAUGCUGUCGAUCUGUUUGAGAACAAUGAACAUGUCAUGGCCUAUGCCUACACCGAUGGAGGUGGCCUUGGUCAAGCAUGGCUUCCCACGAAGAACAAUGGGAAGGAACUGUCGGAGUCAGGCAAGACAUAUCUGUCAGCUAUCAGAAAAUAUCACUAG